GUAUAUGGAGUACUCUUGCCAAUAACAACUUGUAACCCAGCCGCAACUGUUUUGCACGCAUUUCUCUACUGAUCCAUUCGUUUGAAACCGGGCCAGGGUUUUCCAUUAUUGGUCCGGAGAGUCGAUGUACUGUAAUAAUGCAGUCUACAGAACGUUACGUUUUGUGUAAUAAUUAAAUACACGUGUUGGUCCAAACUUUCACCAAGGGGGGAUGUCCAUUUUGUGCGGCAGAGCGGAGCCGUGCACUUGGGUUUCCCUCUCUUCCCUCGUCUCUCUCUCUCUCUCCCAGUCACAAGGGUGAGAGAGAGAGAAGUAGCGUGACGACCCCUUCCCGACUCAUUCCACGCAGGGUCAUCCAUGCGCCACCGGGAGGGUGCAUCUCAAUCCAUCGCUCGCCCCGUGCUGCUGCUGCUGCUUGCUGCUUGCUGCUCGCCGCGGUAGCAGCAGCGAGCAUCAUCAUCAUCAGCAGCAGCACGCGCAGCAGCACGCGCUGAUGAUGAUGCCGGUGCUGAUGCCGCUGCGCUCUUCCUCCAGCGCGCGCGCUGACGUUCUUCUCUCAGAGAUGGAAAGGCAGGACGAAGAGGAAGAAGAAGAAGGUGAGUUAAACAAAAAAAAUUGUACCUACCGCACAGGCCUCUCCAUUCGUUUAAUUUCACGGGACGCGCUUUUGAUCCUCGGUUGACACACAAAAACCGAUGUAACCGUUCGUUUAAGCUUUCGCGAUUUUAAAUCGGAAUUAAUUAUCAGUCCAUACGCAACACAUACAGUGCAUUACAUACAGCACCUUAAACGUAAACAAUGCCGUUAGUGUGUGUGUAUAUAUCCAAUCGCAUAAAACACGUUGACCUGCAGAAUAAACAGACCUUUGCUUACAUAGAACGGGAAAUUCACGCAUACACAUGUACAAUACACGUAACCACAGACCUACAAUCUCUCCAUUGUAGCUAUUUACGAACAAUAUCCAUACAUACACACGGGCCUAUAUCACGACAUGUACUGGGAUUGUGCAUCACAAACGACGUAAUUCACGUGUACGUUACACACGCGCAAACGCACACCAGACCGUGCGCAGAUGCGCUAACACAACUACGUACGCGCAACGCAUCCAUCCAUCCGUACACACACGGAGACAGAGAGUGUGUACACACAUAAACACACGCGAUACACGGGCACAAACACCCUACGUGACACGCACCACCACCACCACCCCCCCCUGUGCACACAGCUCACGUCGCUUCCACCACCACCACCACCACCCGCCCCCUGCCAAGCCUCCAGCUCCCUCCCCAGAGCGGGAGGGCUAAGCCAGUAUAUAAUCAAAUAAUAAUAAUAAAUGUUCGGCUCCCUAAACGCAGCACCAGCCGUUGUUGUUGUUGUUUUGUAUUAAUAGCGCGUUGCGAAAUGGCUAAAGCGUGCACACUUGCACCGGCGUGUGUGGUGACACGAGGGGACGUUGCGUACGUGCGGCGCAACAACAACAACAAUAAUGAUGAUGAUGAUGAUUGCCGAUCAUCAUCAUCAUCGUCGACGCCGACGAGUGAUCGUUACGAGCGUCAUUGGGCAGCGUAACGCCGAUGAUGUUACAGCCAUUAAGCGCGCUUCAGCCUUUAUUAUAAAAGUUGCUUCUUUUCGUUCUCAUCUCCCCCAGGGUAGCCUCAUCGCCGUCGCUCGCCGUCAAGCCGGCGGCCGCUUUCGUUCUUUCUUUUUUUCAGCGCAAAAGAAACGGCAAAUCGAUGUGGCACUGACGCGGCUGCUUUGCGGUGAUGCACAUCCCGUCGCCUCGGCAUUAACGUAAUAGACCGCCUGCGUGGCAGCCUCCCGAGCGGCGUCGAAAUCCCAAAAGCGAGAAAGCGAGUGGGCGAUUUCAUGAGCGGGCUCAGCUCCUCUCGUCACAAAAAUGACCUCCUUGCGUAUUCACGAGGAGGUGGAUGUAAGCCGGCGGAGAGGGAGGGGAGAGAGGCUUACGUCCGGAGCGUGCCUUUGGCUGGCCCCGUACCUGUCAAGAAAUUCUCUCGGAUGUAUGUGAAGAAAUCGAUGGGAGUCUCGCACACCGCGAAGGCAGAUAAAUACGCGCGGACAAAAGCGUCUGUCGUCGGCGGAACGACUGCGCGCAAUCGAUACCCGGUAAACGAUGAAGAGGAAUGCGUUGUGUGCAUUUGCUAUUGUGCUUUGAUAUUACUGAUAUAUUACUGUAUUCAUAGCUUCGAACGAGGGAAUACGUUGAGCAGACCGUGACCAUCACAUUUAAAUCCGCCUGCUUCACACCAAGCUAAUUGCUUCUGGCACACACACGCACACAAAAUAAAAUAAAACGCCACGAGGCAAGCUGAGGACUCCACGAUGUCUACUCGAAUAAAACCCCAAGCUCACAUCAUCCAGCCAGGAUCGCAAGCUGUGCGAGCGCAAAUAUCUGUUGUCGUUGCUCAAAUGGAGAAGGUCCUCAAAGAACUGAAAGAGGUGGCAAUGGAACUCAGAGAGGUCAUCGCGCAGAUUGACAAACUUACUGCCAACUUACAUUUGGAGGAGGAAGACAAUGACAGUGAAUCUGUCUCCUCCAGCGACGUGUCCUGGUCCAACAUAACAGGCCUCUACUUUGAAGAACGGACAAUUACCACCAGCACUGCGUCUACGUCGGCAGUUGUAUCAGUGACCAGGUCUUACCAGUCACAAAGGACUAGUUUUAUGGCUCUCGAUGUAGCAAAGGAUGCUACCUCAACCAGCAAUGCAUCAACAGCUCCUGCUCACCAACAGACUCCAUAUUCUUUUUAUGAAACUCAGACAGUAAAUGAAACUGUGGAUAAGAAACAUUGUACCACGUCGUCACAAACUGAUUUUCAAGUAAGUUAUUGCUCUGGAGACCUUCAGGCCACCUCGAAGGUUAAAGUCGAAACUGCAUCACAACUUUCAGCGAUAAGCGAGCCGAAACACAAAUCCAAGGUUCUGGGUAAAACAACACGUUCUCAUGUCCUAUUAAGCAAUAUUCGAAACCCUGAACAUUGCCAGCAAGCACUGCGAGGGUCUGAUCAUAUUAAUGUGACCAAUGACUGUAAUACUGGAUCGCCACCUCCCAAUGACACGGAGAAUUCUGAAUCCAGAAGGGUAGAUUCAACCUCUCCCAAACACACGUUUUUGAAGAACAACCGUGUCGCUUUUGCAAAUGGCUCAUUGCUGUUAAAUGGCAUGUUGAAAAGCGUGGGAAAUCAAGAGUUAAGCGACGGAGUCCCCAACCACUCUGGAGAGUUUACAACAAUAACAAGGAGUUGCUACAGUGCGGUGUCCCGAGACCGAAUGAAGAGAGACAACUUCACCCAGACCACCAAAGAACGGGUUCGAUUUAGCGACACGGUUGAAUAUCACAGGUUUUGUCCAGAACUUGAAAGGACUAUACAGGUCCACCGUGUGCAAGUGUUUUUUGGUUCAAAGAAUGUGCCAGUGCGUUCCUCUUCCUUAAAAACAGAACAUCCAAAUAGCAUCAGUACACGCGCUUUUGUGAACGCAAGCACACAAACUGUGUCCUUUCUCAAAGAAGAUGCUAAACCCAAAACCAUACUGAGAAAGUCAUUUUCCAGUAAGUGACUGCUCAUUUUGUUGAUGUACAUAUCAGUAAUGAAUUAUGGCACAAGAACUCAGGGAGUUUAUAGCAUGUUAUGAAAUUUCUACAUGACGAAAAUAUAAUUACUAUUGUAUAUAUAGAUGUUAUUUUAUCUUCUAAAUUGCUUAAAUAUUUUAUUACAUUUCCCUGAUUAUUUUACACAUCAUAACCCAUAAAAAAUAAGCACAUCCAUUAAUGACCGUAGAUUAAGUGAAAUAUGAAUAUAAUAUAGAAAUAUUUUUUUAAAUAUAUCUUUUCAUGACUCAGUGUUAUAUGAAUUAUAAAAAGUGCAAUCAUUCCUAAAUCUAUUAUUAUCAUUCAGUGACAAAAUGGCCUUAUUUUAUUGUGAUUUUAGGCUGUGUGCGAGAGUGACCAAUGAUUCCAAAUUGUUGCUGCAGUGUAUAGGAUGAGGAUGCUAUGUGUACAGAUGAUAGUGAUAAUGCAUUUUUACAAUGAGAUGAAUAAACAUGAAAAAUAA